AUGCUAAAGCGUGGGCUGACCGCCCUCCCCGACCUCUCCCAUCCAGGAGUCCUCAAGCACCAUCAAGUGGUCGAGGACGAAGGCCUCAUCUACGUCGUUACGGAUCGCCAAGACAAGACCCUUGAGCACCUCCUCACCGAGCACAAACGAAGGAAGACUCUCGUCCCUAUCGCUGUGAUUCUCUCCGUCCUGAGGCAGGUCGCCGCCGCCCUCGCCUACCUCUACGGGGCCAGUGGGGCAGAUACCGAGAGACUUGUCCACUGUGACCUCAGGCCUGCCAACGUCCUUAUCAGCGCAGAUGGUGAACACUUCGUCAUCACUGGCCUCGGCCUCUGCAAGGACGCCCUGUGGAGUGGGAGCACUCUCAUGGGAAUAAUGGCAUACGUGGCCCCCGAGGUGCUCCUCCGCAACGAGGCCAGCCCCGCCUCCGACAUGUGGAACCUCGGGGCCAUCGUCUACGAGCUUACUACUUUGAGGAGACCGGACUUCUUGGGGGGCAAGGAGCCGGCAGAGGUCUUCGUCGAUGGGUGGAGGCCGGACCUGAGUGGCAUCACUGAUGGCUUCAUGCAGAAUGUUCUGGAGAGGAUCUUUGUACUAGAGCCAGAGAGGAGGCCGACGGCCAGGGAGCUGCAUGAGACGCUCGCUACAUUCGACAUCCCAGUUAGUGAGCUGGGGGCUCAAUAUGCGGUGCUGAAGUACGAAUGCGGCUCCCUGAAGACUGCUCUGAAUAAUGCUAAUGCUAGGAUUGCUAUUCUUGAGGCAGUCCUCGACGCCAAGUCUGCUGAGACUGCCUCUUUCAAGGGCGCUCUUGAGAGCAGGCCAAGUGAAGCCAACGCCUUGGGGCAAGAACCCAGAGUUAAGACCACCGGGAUUGGCACGCUUGAAGGCCGGAUAAAAGCACUGGAGGAUAAGUUUACACAAUCCAAUAGUGAAAUGAAAGUGGUUGGCACCCAGACGGACCUCUCCUUGUUCAAACUAAUAUAUGCUGCACACACGAAUGACAUGGAGACCGUCCGGAUGCUGGCCAACGAGAAAGAUUGUAUCGGCCAGCGCGACAAGCGGGGGAUGACGGCCCUCAUGCACGCGGCCCAGCAGGGGCACGGUGGGCCUGUUGAGCUGCUUGUUGAGAAGGAGAAGGGUAUCAAAGAUAAAAACGGCUGGACCGCGCUCAUGCACGCCGCACACGGGAACCAUCCUGAGGUAGCUAGGAUUCUCAUCCCUCAUGAGCAUGGGAGGAAGAGCAAGAACGGCCGUACUGCUCUGAUGAUUGCUGCACAGGAGGGCCAUGCGGAGGCUGCUUCUGUUCUGGCUCCGUACGAGGAGGACCUGACCGACAGACAAGGCAAGACGGCUCGGAUCCUUGCGGCAGAGGCAGGACACGAAAACGUAGUGGAGGUUCUCGACCCAACCGAUGAUAGGGGCGUCACAGCGCUCAUGCGAGCCGCAAAAAUAAGCGACACAUUAGCAGUAAGCGCACUUAUACCCAUUCAGAAGAAGCGAUGGACACAUACUGGGACGGCGCUAAUACAAGCAGCAGUAUGCGGCCACGUAGCAGCAGUACAACUGCUAAUGCAAUAUGAGAGUGGCCCAGGGAAUACUUGUAAUGCGACCGCCCUCAUGAAGGCUGCCUCUGAGAAUCAUGCAGAAGUAGUGCAGCUGUUGAUGGAGCGCGAAGGCUGCAUGCUGGAUCCCCAUGGCUUACCCGCUAUCACGCACGCAGCGUAUGGCGGCCGCUUAGAGAUAGUGAAGCUGCUAUUUGAAAAGGAGGGGCAUCUAAUAGACAAGUCUGACGAAUCCCUCUUUGAUAAGCUUGAGGCCAAGGGCUACUCUGAGAUAGCAUCUUUCCUUAGGGACAGCCGUAUACCGGGCCUCGGUGGUCGCAACAGCCGCCAAGCUGCUCCACGAUCUCACGAGUAA